GCGUCCUGCCAUUGCUCUUUUCGUCUUUCACCGUGGACGGUGUUUUCCCUUCUCUUCGUUGGACACCGAUCCAGGAAGUGCCCUCUUGAACGGGCUUUUUUAGUAUUGAUUGGUACAAAAGAAACCAACAGAGACAGAAGAGGGCUGCAUCAUGGAGAAGGACAUUGGUUCCAAGGCGGAACCGACUACGACUGCCGACUACACCGCUCCUCCAGCAUACGGCGACGUCAAUGAUGCUCGGCCUGGUUUGGGCAGAAGGAUCAUUGAUAGCUUCAAGCGGGAUCCGAAUGCCCGUGUCGCGAAGUCAGGCACGCCAGGCGCAGAUGGAAACGCCUACGAUAUCGAGACGGCUGCGGCCAACACGGCCAGCUCGCCUCUGCAGCGUCGUCUGAAGGGCCGUCACCUCCAGAUGAUUGCCAUCGGUGGUUCGAUCGGCACUGGUCUUUUCGUCGGCUCGGGAUCCGUGUUGCAAACUGGAGGCCCUGCAUCGGUCCUCAUUGCUUAUGCUCUGAUUGGUGUGAUGCUGUACUGCACGGUGCAUGCUCUGGGAGAGAUGGCUGUCCUGUUUCCCGUUGCUGGUUCCUUCUCCGCUUAUUCGACUCGCUUUCUGGAUCCCGCCUGGGGUUUCGCCAUGGGUUGGAACUACGCCUUGCAGUGGCUGGUCGUCUUGCCUCUUGAGAUUGUCGCUGCGUCCAUGACCAUCGACUACUGGGGCUCCCCAGUCAACAACGCCGCUUGGGUUUCUAUCUUCUGGGUCCUGAUCGUCUCCAUCAACUUAUUCGGUGUCCGCGGGUACGGUGAAGCUGAAUUUGUCUUUUCCACCAUCAAAGUCAUUGCCGUGGUCGGUUUCAUUAUUCUAGGUAUUAUCCUCAACUGCGGCGGCGGCCCCAAGGGCGGUUAUAUUGGCGGCAAGUACUGGCAUGACCCUGGUGCUUUUCACAAUGGCUUCAAGGGGCUUUGCAGUGUAUUCACAAAUGCAGCCUUUGCCUUCGCCGGUACGGAGCUGGUCGGUCUCGCGGCUGCUGAAGCAGCCAAUCCCCGGAAGACAUUGCCUACGGCCGUCAAGCAAGUAUUCUGGCGUAUCACGCUCUUCUACAUUGUUUCUCUUUGUCUUGUUGGUCUUCUCGUCCCAUAUACCGACCCACGUCUCCUCGGGUCGUCCAAUGUGGAUGCUGCUGCAUCGCCCUUCGUCAUUGCCAUCAAGAAUGCUGGUAUAGGCGGCCUGGACUCCGUCAUGAACGUGGUGAUUAUGAUUGCUGUCCUCUCCGUGGGAAACUCAUCUGUCUACGGCUCCUCGCGUACCUUGGCCGCCCUGGCUGAGCAAGGUCAGGCGCCGCGCUUCCUCGCCUACAUUGAUCGCCAGGGUCGCCCUAUAUUUGGAAUCAUUCUUUCGGCCGCCAUCGGUCUUUUGUGCUUCCUGGCGGCAACUCCAAAGCAGGAGGAGGCGUUUACUUGGAUGAUGGCACUUUCGGGUCUUUCUUCCAUCCUCACGUGGGGCUCCAUCUGCCUGGCUCAUAUCCGUUUCCGUAAAGGCUGGAAGACGCAAGGGCACAGUCUCAACGAACUGGCUUUCCGCUCGCAGGCCGGUCUUAUCGGUUCCUGGAUCGGGUUCAUCUUCAACUUUCUUGUCCUCGUCGCCCAGUUCUGGACUGGUUUCGCACCGGUCGGCUACGGUGAUUAUACUGCUGGCGAGCUGGCAGAGAACUUCUUCGAGGUCGGUUAUCUGUGUGUCCCUAUUGUGAUCGCGUGUUAUGUCUACUACAAGAUUCGCUGGAAGACGCCAUUUAUUCGCGCCAAGGAUAUGGAUCUGAGUACUGGCCGUCGCGAACUGGAUAUCCAGGCUCUCCUGAUGGAGGAGCGCGCCGAGCAGGCUAACUGGCCGGCCUGGAAGAAGGUUUACAAGUUGUUCUGCUGAAGUUGUAUGGCUCGAGAUUCCCCUUACCAGCGUGAUUU